AUGAAAUGUCACUUUUGAUAUGUUGGGUUAUAAUCCAUCAUAAGAAAACAUUCAGUUGUAAAACACAUUUAAAAUGAUAAAAACAAGAAAAAAUGACAUAAAAUUAACGCAACUGUCAAUGCUAGAAUUAAAGGAUCUUUUAGAUAGAGAAAAUAAGCUAGUAAAUAACAGAAAACUUUUUGCAAAAUUACCGGAUAAAGGCGAAUCAGUGAUAAGAUUUCGUGACAAAAUACAAGAAGAAAUAAAUAACAGAAAUGAAAUAUGCAACAUUGAGCAAUCAUUAAAUAAAUUAAGUUUGGAUGUGAAUUUUUGUAAUAAAGACAAGCAUAUACAAAAACUGUGCACCAUAGAGAAUAAACCUGAUAAAGAAAGAUAUAAACCUUUUUCAACUUUAAACAAACAGAGCGAACAUAAAGUUGAUACCAGCAAAUUUAUCGAAGAUCCUUUUUUUGACAAAACCACAAAAUUGGUUAAUUUACCUGAGUCUUUAAACAUUUUAAGCCAACAAGAGGAAAGAGUUAAGAGUGAACAAUAUAAAAGUAAAUUUGAAAGGGAGCUUGAAAAAAUAUUGCAACAAGAGGGUGGAGAAAAAACUGAAAGUGAAACUGAAGAAUCCAGUGAAUCUGAGAAGGAAGAUAUAGAAUAAUACUACUUUCUAAACUUUUUAAUAUAAAUAAAAC